UCUUCCAGAUUAUCCAAAUGGCAUUCGGCUCACGUCAGCUGUUCCAGGAGCAGAUAUCAAAGUACUUAUAAAUUUCAAUGCACCAAAUCCUCAGGACAGGAAGAAGUUUACAGAUGAUUUGAGGGAAUCAAUUGCAGAAGUUCAAGAAAUGGAAAAGCACAGAAUAGAGUCCGAGUUGGAGAAGCAGAAGGGGGUUGUGCGUCCCAGCAUGUCGCAAUGCUCCAGCCUGAAGAAGGACGCUGGGAAUGGGACCCUGCCCAGGGCGUGCCUGGAUGACAGCUACGCCGGGGGUGAGGGGCUGAAGCGGAGCGCGCUCAGCUCCUCCCUGCGGGACCUGUCCGAAGCAGGUAAGCACUGCCUCUCCUUCCUGGCUCUCUGCAUGCAAAGCUGCCUCCACCAUGUCCACAAAGUCCAGCUCGCUCUGGGGCCCCAGAAAUAGCAGUUGGAAUCUCGCACUUCCAAAUAGCUCCUUCCCCCACGCACCCCCACCCCUGGCUCGUGGUUAAUUUCUGUUUGUUUUUUUUACCCUUGUUCGGUUGAGCGGCCACUGUUUGAAAGCAUUUAAGCCGUUGUAGGUUGCUAUAGAAACUUUUAAAGGACAGUGAAGACAGAGGAAAAACUGUAAGUUUUUAAUAAAACAGAAAUGAUUGACUUGUGCUAGGAGUAAUUCACUUAGUUU